GUAAUGUUUUUAUAAGCUGACAACUCCGGUGUUGACCAUUGUACUUUCUGUGUCUGGUCAUGGACUUUUAUAAUUUAUUUUAAUUAGUAGACUCUUUUUGAUCAAUCUUUAGUUCUCAGUCAAAGUUUUUGUAUUUAAUUUGGAUUAAUUCUUGUUAUCUGAUAUCAACGUCAAUUAGUUAUCAGCAUAAAUUUUAUUGUGCAUAGAAGGCAGGAUCACUUCGUGCUCGUCAUCAUCGGUGUCAAGAGGUAAUAAUUAUAAUAUUUUCAAAAUGCCUAGAAAGGUGUACGUUGUUGGCGUUGGAAUGACGAAGUUCGUCAAACCAAACACUGGUGGAGAUUACCCGGAUUUCGGCAAGGAGGCAGUCGAGGGCGCUCUCGCAGAUGCAGGUGUCAAAUACGAAAUUAUCCAGCAGGCAGUCUGCGGCUAUGUUUUCGGUGACUCCACCUGCGGCCAGCGAGUGCUGUACCAGGUCGGCAUGACUGGUAUACCUGUCUACAAUGUCAACAAUAACUGUUCCACGGGCUCGAACGCUCUCUUUCUCGCUAAACAGCUCAUCGAAGGCGGAAACAGUGAUGUAAUACUCGCAUUAGGCUUCGAGAAAAUGGCGUCUGGACCCCUGGGCGGCGGUGCCUUCAACGACAGAACAAACCCUAUGGACAGACAUGUCUUGAAGAUGUCAGAACUGUCGGAGAUAGCAGCUGCACCGAUGACACCUCAGUUCUUCGGUAAUGCAGGUAUUGAACACAUGAAGAAGUAUGGCACAACAGAGGUACACUUUGCAAAAAUCGCUGCAAAGAACCAUAGACACGGUGCAAAGAAUCCACGUGCUCAAAGCACAAGGGAGUACACCGUGGAGGAAGUAUUGAACUCUAGGAAAGUCUAUGGUCCAUUAACUAAACUGCAAUGCUGCCCGACUAGCGAUGGAGCCGGUGCUGCUAUCCUCAUGUCUGAGGAAGCUGUCAUCCGGUACGGUUUACAGAACAAGGCUGUAGAAAUCAUUGGUAUGGAAAUGGCCACUGACACUGCUGCCGUAUUUGAUGAGAACAGUCUAAUGAAGGUAGCUGGCACAGAUAUGACAGCGUUGGCUGCUAAACGCUUGUAUGCUAAGACUGGCAUAUCUCCUAACCAGGUUAAUGUUGUUGAACUCCACGAUUGCUUCUCGUGCAACGAAUUGAUCACAUAUGAAGGUCUACAGUUGUGCGGAGAAGGUGAAGCAGGGAAAUUUAUUGAUGCUGGUGACAACACAUAUGGAGGCAGAGUGGUGGUCAAUCCCAGUGGUGGAUUGAUUGCUAAAGGUCACCCGCUGGGAGCUACCGGUCUGGCCCAGUGUGCUGAAUUGGUGUGGCAACUUCGAGGCGAGGCGGGCCCCAGACAGGUGCCCGGUGCUAAAAUCGCUUUACAACACAACUUGGGUCUCGGUGGAGCAGUCGUCAUCGCCAUGUACCGCAAAGGAUUCACCAAUGUCAGCCCCAACAAUGUGGCUGCCAUCGCUAGCAGUCCCGAGGACUUCAAAGUCUUCAAAUAUAUGAAGCUCUUGGAAGAACAAAUGCAAGACGAUGAGGAUAACCUAAUCGAGAAGGUGCGCGGCAUCUACGGAUUCAAAGUGAGGAAUGGACCCAACGGGCUAGAAGGAUAUUGGGUCAUCAACGCUAAAGAAGGCAAGGGGAAAGUUACGUACAACGGUACAGAGAAACCCGAUGUUACCUUCACAAUUAACGACGAAGAUGUAGCUGAUCUGAUUUCUGGAAAACUCAACCCUCAGAAGGCGUUCUUCCAAGGCAAAGUUAAGGUGCAAGGCAAUAUGGGGUUGGCCAUGAAAUUGACAGAUUUACAACGGCACGCGGCCGGCAGAAUCGAAAAGCUGCGAUCCAAAUUGUAAAUGUUUAAAUGUAGAUAUAGGUAUAAAAUGGAUUACUUCUUGGUUAUGGAACUGAGGUAUGGGGUGGUUUAGACUUAUUUCUUUAGAUCCUCAAGGAGCUUAGCGCCUUGUGUUAUUUUCUUAAUUUAUAAUAUGGAAUAGUUAUAUUUUAUAGCUCUCACUUACUGUACUUUAGUGCUGUAGGGGCUCAAUUUCUCUGUCUAAGGUAAAUAGUUCUAUAUUGUUAUUUUAUGUUAAUAUACUCUUUUCUCUAUACCAUUCCAAUGUAUAUUUUAUCAAUGGCAUUAAUAUUUUUAUUAUACAGUUUUAUAUAAAAUAUA